UCAAGUCCUUCCAUCAGCCUGCAGCAUGGCCCCACUAUUCCUGCCCCUGCUGGCAGCCCUGGCGCUGGCCCAGGUCCCUGCAGCCUUCCCUGAUGCCCUGGAAGCGGACAGCUCAGAGGACCGGGCCUUCCGCGUGCGCAUCGCGGGCGACGCGCCGCUGCAGGGUGUGCUGGGCGGCGCCCUCACCAUCCCGUGCCACGUUCACUACCUGCGGCCGCCGCCGAGCCGCCGCGCCGUGCUGGGCUCUCCGCGGGUCAAGUGGACCUUCCUGUCCGGGGGCCGGGAGGCCGAGGUGCUGGUGGCGCGGGGGCUGCGCGUCAAGGUGAGCGAGGCCUACCGGUUCCGCGUGGCGCUGCCUGCCUACCCCGCGUCGCUCACCGAUGUCUCCCUGGCGCUGAGCGAGCUGCGGCCCAACGACUCGGGCAUCUACCGCUGCGAGGUCCAGCACGGCAUAGAUGACAGCAGCGACGCUGUGGAGGUCAAGGUCAAAGGGGUUGUCUUUCUCUACCGGGAGGGCUCUGCCCGCUAUGCUUUCUCCUUCACUGGGGCCCAGGAGGCCUGUGCCCGCAUCGGAGCCCGCAUCGCCACCCCGGAGCAGCUCUACGCCGCCUACCUCGGGGGCUAUGAGCAGUGUGACGCUGGCUGGUUAUCAGACCAGACCGUCAGGUAUCCCAUCCAGACUCCAAGAGAGGCCUGUUACGGAGACAUGGAUGGCUUCCCUGGGGUUCGGAACUACGGAGUGGUGGACCCGGAUGACCUCUAUGAUGUCUACUGUUAUGCCGAAGACCUAAAUGGAGAGCUGUUCCUGGGUGCCCCUCCAGACAAGCUGACGUUGGAGGAGGCACGGGCAUACUGCCGGGAGCGGGGUGCAGAGAUUGCCACCACGGGCCAGCUGUAUGCAGCCUGGGAUGGUGGCCUAGACCGCUGCAGCCCGGGCUGGCUGGCCGAUGGCAGUGUGCGCUACCCCAUCGUCACACCCAGCCAGCGCUGUGGUGGGGGCCUCCCUGGUGUCAAGACUCUCUUCCUCUUCCCCAACCAGACCGGAUUCCCCAACAAGCACAGCCGCUUCAACGUCUACUGCUUCCGAGACUCUGCCCAGCCCUCUGCCACCCCUGAGGACUCCAGCCCAGCCUCUGACCUGGCCUCUGAUGGACUGGAGGCCAUUGUCACAGUGACAGAGACCUUGGAAGAACUGCAGCUGCCUCAGGAAGCUGUGGAGAGCGAGUCCCGUGGAGCCAUCUACUCCAUCCCUAUCAUGGAGGAUGCAGGGGGUGGAAGCUCCACUCCAGAAGACCCAGCAGAGGCCCCUAGGACCCUCCUAGAAUUCGAAACCCAAUCCAUUGUACCUCCCCUGGGGUCCUCAGAAGAGGAAGGUGAGGUGUUGGAGGAAGAAGAGAAAUACAAGGAUGAAGAAGAGAAGGAAGAGGAGGAAGAAGAGGAGGAGGUGGAGGAUGAGGCCCUGUGGGCCUGGCCCAGCGAGCUCAGCAGCCUGGAACCAGAGGCCUCUCACCCCACUGAGCUGGCCCUAGAGGAGUCGCUGUCCCGGGCAUCCCCGCCAGCGAAGGCAGUCCUACAGCCUGGUGCAUCACCACCUCCCGAUGGAGAGCCAGAGGCUCCCAGGCCUUCAAGGGUCCUUGGACCACCCACUGAGACUCUGCCCACUCCCAGGGAGGGGAACCUGGCAUCCCCACCACCUUCCACUCCGGAUGGGGCGAGAGAGGUGGGGGAGGAGACUGGGAGUCCUGAGCUGUCUGGGGUUCCUCGAGGAGAGAGUGAGGAGACAGGGAGCUCCGAGGAUGCCCCUGUCCUGUUUCCAGCCACACAAACCCCUGAGGGUACCAGGGAGCUGGAGGCCCCCUCCGAAGAGAAUUCUGGAAGAACUAUCCCAUCGGGGACCUCAGUGCAGGCCCAGCCAGUGCUGCCCACUGACAGCGCCAGCCGCGGUGGAGUGGCCGUGGCCCCCUCAUCAGGUGACUGUGUCCCCAGCCCAUGCCACAAUGGGGGGACAUGCUUGGAGGAGGAGGAGGGGGUCCGCUGCCUAUGCUUGCCUGGCUAUGGGGGGGACCUGUGCGAUGUUGGCCUCCGCUUCUGCAGCCCUGGCUGGGAUGCCUUCCAGGGCGCCUGCUACAAGCAUUUUGCUACGCGAAGGAGCUGGGAGGAGGCAGAGACCCAGUGCCGGCUGUAUGGCGCGCACCUGACCAGCAUCAGCACGCCCGAGGAGCAGGACUUCAUCAACAAUCGAUACCGGGAGUACCAGUGGAUCGGGCUCAAUGACAGGACCAUCGAAGGCGAUUUCCUGUGGUCGGACGGCGUCCCCCUGCUCUAUGAAAACUGGAACCCUGGGCAGCCUGACAGCUACUUCCUGUCCGGAGAGAACUGCGUGGUCAUGGUGUGGCAUGACCAGGGACAAUGGAGCGAUGUGCCCUGCAACUACCACCUGUCCUACACCUGCAAGAUGGGGCUGGUGUCCUGUGGGCCUCCACCAGAGCUGCCCCUGGCUCGAGUGUUUGGCCGCCCACGGCUGCGCUAUGAGGUGGACACGGUGCUUCGUUACCGGUGCCGGGAGGGGCUGGCCCAGCGAAACCUGCCACUGAUCCGCUGCCAGGAAAACGGUCACUGGGAGCCCCCCCAGAUCUCCUGUGUGCCCCGCAGGCCUGCUCGAGCUCUGCGCCCAAUGGAGGCCCCAGAAGGACAUCAGGGGAGGCUACUGGGGCACUGGAAAGCGCUACUGACCCCCCCUUCCAGUCCCACUCCAGGUCCCUGAGGGUCAAGGCCUUGAACACUGCUGCCCCCAGCACUGCCUUCCCCCUCAACCCUCCCUUGAACCUGUGCUCUUCCCACCACAGAAAGUGACACCAUGAGCCGGGUGGAGCUCAAGUCCAGGUGGUAGCGCCUCAAGGGGCUUCUGGGAAAUAUCUGGGCAGCUCCUGCCCUGCCUCGCCCUCUCACCCCUACCCUGGGCAUCAGGUUUUUCCCUCAGGGCCUCAAGUAAGUCCCUAAGUGCCUUGACUGCCCUCUCCUUGCCAGCCAUCCUGUUCUCUCCAUUCCCCUGGGGAAUUCCCCUGUGCCCACUCAUCCUCAGUUUUCGGAGGAAAUGGGUUUGCAGGAUGAAGGACCUGUAAAAACCAGCAGGAAAUAAAACUGCAUUUGA